CACGCAGGAGUUACCCACUGUAAUAAGCUUAAGUUGUGUUAAGAACAACGGAGAAGAUGUGACAGGAAACCUCUCAAAUGACAAGCAUGGCCUCCACCAUGUAGCUUGGUGCAGUCCGCGGCAGUUGAAUCCAAGUGUUACUGGUGACCAGGUGUUGAUCACUCCAGAACAAGAGCAAUGGAAUACCGCACCUUCUGGCUGGCUUUCAUCAUGAGUGUUUUUAUGCUGCCAGUGAUGGCAAGGGGCCAACAAAGUCACAUCCUAGAGCCUCAGCUUCAAAUCGGACCUGUGUCUAAACAUCGGUCAAAUUUGCCACUGAAAAACGACGGAAAAAAGAAUUGGCAUCCGAAAUUUCAGUCAAAAAUUCAUCCGACGACCAAAACGUACAGCGCGCAAAAUGAACAUCGCAGCAAACAUGCAAAUAGAAGAGGAUUUCGCAAACGUGCCAUGGAAGACUCCUACGUAUCAGAGGCAGUUCGACGUGCCCAAGGUAUGAGCCGGUCACUGCAGCAAGAGAGUAAGUGGAGAAUUCACGACAUACCAGUGGAGCAACUCAGAAACGCGCCUGAAAUUGAUUACUCGUAUUUCACUUCACUUGACGAAUAUAGUGACGCUGUCAUCAUGAGCGCAUCUCAAGAAGAGAUUUUCAAUGACGUCGAACCAACUCAGUCGUCUAAAUUUAGUUUCUCAGAAUACCACGCAGGUAGCGAGGUCCAUAAGAUGGAACAAAUUAUCCCGGAGCCAAUACCCGAAUCAAUAACCCCGCCCGAAACUGAAACGAAAACUUUAUUCACACCAGAAACGACAAUGACCCGUGAAACUGCUCCGAGAAUUCUCAACUUACCUGACAUGAGAAUUCCGCCAGUAACUGAAGAGGAAGCCCCACACGGAGACCGACCGAGGACAGAUUUUCAUGAUAGAGCACAUUACCAACCCUCGUCAAGGUUGACACUCGUCAGAGAAAACACCGAUAAACUUUAUGGACAAAACUUGGUCGUGUUCGGACACAUAGAUAAUCGUAAUUUUAUCACUACGAUUGAAAACUGCUCAUCUUAUACGAGAGUCGAUCUCUUCUCUAGGUACAGUAUGACAGAAAUUGCUGACACAUUUCAGCUCAAUCCUUUAGGGCAACUAGUCUUAUAUUUCAAUAUGAUGGAAGUAAAUGUUGCAAACUACGAUAUAGCGUUAGAACGAAUCAAACGAAUUCUAGAUCAUUUUACUAUGACAUAUCAAGGACUCGCAUUUUACAGCGUCCUUCAUAGCAACGAAGGUUCAAAUCCUGAUUUGUAUAAAAAAGAUACCGAUUUUCACUGGAAGCUCAACGACGCAGUUAUGGCUUACUGUUCCAUGGACUACCCUCGGUGUCAUAUUGUACCUGAUCUAAGUACAAUAAUGAAUGGCCUCAGCGCAUCUUACGUUAAAGACAAAACUCUCGACGAAUAUGACGCCAAGACCUACGAUCAGAAGCAUUGUUUAGAGAAGGCUUGCGCCGACCGGGGAAUAGUUUUGGAGAGCCGUCCCACGCUUUCGGAUUUACGUCCCGAGGUACAACUUCAGAAAUUCAGUGAAGUAUUUUGUCAAGUGUCGUAUCAUCGCGUAGUGGAAUUCACCAGCAAAUUACCGGGGCAAAGUGACUUCUCUCAAGACGCAACUACUCCACUUCCUCGUCGCUCAAGUGACCAGGUGGGACUCGUGCUGAACGACAUCCUGCCUCUUGACCUGAAGCAAUACGACAAAAACCAACCGCCACGUUUUGAUGGCCAGGCCACUAUUGUAUACUUUCACGUGACCGUGCUUUCCGUCGACUCCAUCAAUGAGGAAUCCAUGACUUAUGUGACGGACAUCUUCUUGGGCCAGAGUUGGCGGGAUCACAGACUGCGUCUGCCAGAGAACAUGACUGAGGAAUACAGGAUCCUGGACGUGGAGUGGUUGCACAACAUGUGGCGCCCUGACUGCUUCUUCAAGAACGCCAAGCGGGUUACGUUCCACGAGAUGUCCGUGCCCAACCAUUACCUGUGGCUCUUCAACGACAAAACAUUAUUGUACAUGGCCAAACUAACGCUGGUGCUGUCUUGUGCGAUGAAGUUUGAAGCUUACCCACAUGACACGCAAAUCUGCUCCAUGAUGAUUGAGAGCCUGUCGCACACAACCCACGACCUCGUCUUCAAGUGGAACGAAACAGACCCUCUGGUGGUGAACCCGGACAUCGAACUGCCACAGCUCGACAUAUCGCGCAACAAAACCGAGGAUUGCACUUUGAAUUAUUCAACAGGCAACUUCACAUGCUUGGCGGUUGUUUUUAACCUGCGAAGACGUCUUGGCUACCAUCUCUUCCAUACGUACGUGCCAUCAGCACUGACUGUGGUCAUGUCAUGGAUAUCGUUCUGGAUCAAGCCAGAGGCCAUUCCCGCUAGAGUUACUCUGGGCGUCACUUCGCUUCUCACGUUAGCGACGCAGAAUCAGCAGUCGCAGUCAUCGCUCCCCCCGGUGAGUUACAUCAAAGCUAUCGACGUGUGGAUGUCGUCGUGCACCGUAUUUGUGUUCGCCUCUCUGCUUCAGUUCGGCGUCGUUAAUCACUUCAUGAACGACGAACCCAUCACCAAAGACAUCACGGGCUACUCAGUCGAGGACCUUCCAGCCUAUGAUGAUCGCAAGGCAUCAGAGGACGCGGAAUUGACGGGCAGAAGCCACAGCCGCAGUCGCAGCCGCAUGAGGGGGCGGAGCCCCAGCGUGCCCCAGUAUGUGGUGACCCGCUGCUCCGGCAAGGACAUAGCGAUCUAUAUCGACAGGUUCUCGCGGUACUUCUUCCCAAUCGCCUUCAUGAUAGUCAAUAUCUCUUACUGGACCGUCUAUGGCUUCAUAUGACGUCAUUUAGGCGAUGACAAAAUGGAUCAUUAAUCUAUAAAAUUAACCAUCUUGGUUAUCCUGCAGUAGCCCAACUGUGCGAAUUGAAGUAGAAGGAAUGUAGUUCACAUUUCCACAGAAAGGGUUUCAUUUCACAGAAGGGGUUAAGGUUUCAGUCCCACAGAAACCCAAUUUCUGAUGCGAGGGCGAGUUAAAAAUAAUGUGACAUGGAUGACAUCGCAUCGAUAUGAAAUAAAUAAAACAAACUUUGAGCAACUAAAUGAAAUUUAUUUACUAAAGCUUUAACCAUUCUGAGCUUUUUCAAAAAUGCAGGAGAAAACAAAAACGAAACAAAAUAUUAUAGAUAACCUACUAGACUUUUUGAGACUAUCAACAAUUUUUUGCAAUGUUCCUCUGACAUGUUUAUCUUAUUUUCAUCACUUUACUGUCAGCAUUUCACAGAUCUGAAUUGACGAAGUGUAGGAAGCUUCAUGCAGAAAGUAUCGAAUCAACUAGCACACUUCACGAUGAAACGCCAAGUAUUUACAAAAGUUUGGCGUUAAUCAGCACCUGUAAAUUAUUCAAGCGGAGGCGACAACAACUGGAGUUAAAGUGUUAAUGACAACAGCAGCGACACUCUGGCCGUGGCUGCCGAUGGCCGUAACAGGCACUGCGCUGAGGGCCAGGCGCGGCCCGUCGCAGCUGCUCGUCGCGUUGGCGCUCGUGACUGCGGCAGCGACGGCGUCUG